CUGACGCUGGACAGCCAGACGAGCAACUACUUCCGCCCCUUCGAGGCGGUCGAUUCCCACAUAGAAGGGCUGGAAUCGUGCGCGUGCGCGAGGAAACCCGGCGCCCAAGGCGUGAAGAAGAAAAUCGUGGACACGUACGCUCCUACAUUGCCCACGUUCGCGUCUGAAUACUCACCGUGUGCGCUGCGGACGACCCACCGGCUGGAGACGUUGAACAGGCACAGCUCGAAGAAGCUGCCGGCCAACGUGAACAUCCUGGACGACCUGCCGCCGAACAAGAAGCAGAAAAUCGACCACGUCAACGACUUCCUGCACCAGAUCUCCUUCAUCGCGUCGCCGGAGAACCACGGUUGCAUCGCGGCGAGCGUCGCCGGCGAGAAAAUCACGCCUCUAGUCAAAAGAUUCCUAGAUUUUAGAUUCAACAAAACGAAAGAACUCGCCGACAACCCCAACGAUUCCUCCUUCAUCAACAACCUAUCUUUAGAUAAAAUCGUGGAUGUUUUAAUCGACGACAGCGACGCCGGUGCUACCAAAAACCCCGUCGAGCAAGCGGAGGCCACCAGCGAGAACUCGUCGGACUCCGGCUUCCGAUCGUCCAACACGGAAAACUCGCACAAACUCGACAACAAUUUCCAAUGCAAAUGCAACAACAACAACUACGAGGAGAAGACGAUCAUACAGAUCGACGAGACGUACAACGAGCGGUGCGUGGACGACGUCGCCAGGAAGCGGAAAUCGAACGAAACGCUCACCAAGAAGGGGCUGGACGCGUCCCGGGGGGACUUCACGCUGAAGCGGCAGAAGUGCGUGAGGCGGCGGAAAAUCGAGAAAUUCAGCAGUCUCUUCGAUUCGGAUAAGAUCGAUUUCAACAGCACGCCGCUGAGGAUCGAGGACAAGGAGGUUGAAGAUGGUACGCCUUUGGAGGCCCUGAGGGGGAUCAGGAAGUGCUUGGUGUUCGAUAAUUCGAGCAAAAUCAACGAUUCCUCCGUUUUCUCGGAGAAUAGUGCUAUCGGUAAAAGUAACGAGACGGACAUUAGGGGUUCUAUUGAAUUGAAGGCGUAUCGGGAAGGUGAUUAUGUUCUUUUGCACGUGGUGAGAUGCAAGGACCUGUACAGGCCGAACGGGGAAAAAAUAAACGCUUACGUUAAGGGCAUUCUCUGCGACGUUUCGGACGACGACGAGCGGAAGCGGAACGGAGUCCUGCAAAGGACGCCGGUCCAGGGGAACUCCACGAGGCCGCACUUCAACCACACGUUGAGGUUCCCCGCGACCGAUGGCGACUGCCGCGGGAGAUUGCACGUGGAGGUGUGGCACAGGGAACGGAGCACC